AUGAAAAUUAUAAUAGAAACAACUGAAUUAAACUCAUCUAUUGAUCAAGUAAAAAACAAUGUUGUUAUCGAAGAAAAUAUAAAGUGCAUAGGGCAGUCAACUAAUUCUGCUAUAGAAGUUUCUAAUACACAAUCAUCAUCAGUUGAAGUUAAUAACAAAAAAACAUCGGCAUUACAAUUAAGUAACAAAAUAGCAGUUCAAGUAAACCAUACAGAUUUAUCCUAUAAAGAUAAAAGCAGGUUUAAGACUGAUACACUAGUUGAAAAAAAUGAUCAUUAUAUUAAUGAAAAUGACUUAAAUGAGACAAAUUAUUAUGAACAUGCUACUUAUAAUAUUUUGAGUAAAUUGGGGCAAAGUAUAGAACUAAAUGAAGCCUUAAGAUCAUCCGAUGUCAACGAUCAUGUGGAAGGUAACAAUUGUACUGGGCGGCAAGAAGUCUUUAAAAAAGAGGAACUGCUAGAUAUUUUGCAAGGAAAGAAUGUAGAAUCUUCUGACAAAGAAGUAGUUGAAUAA